UAUUGUGGGUAAUUGUGAAUAAUUAAUAAAUCAGUCUGCUCGGGAUCUCGGCGUUUCAUUGACGUAACAUUGGCGCAGUCGGUAUUUGCUAUAAAUUAUAAGUGCAAUUCGUGGUAAUAAUGCCUAUCGGUAAAAUUGAACCGUUUUCCGUGGAAUCACAAAAUUGGGACAGUUAUGUGCGUCGCGUAAAUCAGUUUAUCUCGCUAAACAAAAUCGAUGACAGUCUCAAGAACAACGUGGCCACGUUGUUAACCUUAGUAGGUAGUGAGUGCUACAAUCUAUUGUGCGAUUUGUGUUCCCCCGCUCAUCCUGAAAAUAAAACGUUCGAUGAACUCGUUACUCUUCUCAAAGUUCAUCUGGAGCCUGAGAAGUCUGAGAUAGCCGAGAGACAUAUUUUUCGACAAAGAACGCAGCAGCAGGGAGAAAGCAUUCGCUUGUACCUUCAAGGAUUAAAGCAUUUGGCUAAAACCUGUAACUUCGGGGCGAAGCUCGAAGAGAACCUUCGAGAUCAGUUCGUUUCCGGAUUAUACAGCGAGGAAAUGCGUUCGAGAUUGUUCGCGGAGAAAAACAUCGACUACAAGAGGGCCGUGGAACUGGCGAGCGCGCUCGAGGCGGCAGAGAGGCACGCGAUCACGGCGAGCUCUUCGGCAAGCGGAGGAGGCGCGGGACACGACGCGCUGCACCGCGUCAGCGGCGGCGGCCAGGUGCGGGUGCGAGCGCCCGGGCGCGGCGGCGCGGGCGGCGGUGGUGGUGCGGCGCCGGGCGGCGGCCGCGCGGGUCCGAGUUCCGGCGGUGCGGGGCUGAGCGGUGCGCGGGCGCCGUGUGCACGCUGCGGGAAGGCUACUCACGCGCCGAAUAAGUGUCGAUAUAAAAACUUUACGUGUGAUUUGUGCGGUGUCAAAGGUCACUUAAAGGUGAUGUGCCUGAACAGGAGUGAUAACGAUCGAUCCUCCGGUAUGUCGACUUCGAAAGGUCAGUACUUUAUUAAUAAUGUUGACAGUGAUAGCGAGGAGGAAGAAAACUACUUUUAUAACUUAGUGUCGGGGGGCGACAGCGACGGGCCCUACUAUAUUAAAUUGAUCGUUAAUGAUAAUUUUAAGUGUAAAUUUGAAAUCGAUACGGGAAGUAGAAUAUCUGCUAUAUCGCAAAAGUUUUACGAUAAAUAUUUUCGAAACAUAAAACUGCAUAAAAAUGUUUUAAUUUUAAAAUCUUAUACUGGAGAUACUAUCGAGACUCUCGGAUAUAUUAAUGUUAAUGUGCGUUGCGGACGUAACUCGGCGGAGCUUCAGCUGUACGUCGUGGCGAACGGUGGCCCGCCUCUGAUGGGUCGGACGUGGAUUAAAAAAUUAAAAUUAAGUAUCGUAGAAUGUCACAACAUUAAUACGACCGAUAGCGACUCGAUAGCUUUGAAAUUAAAACAAGAAUUUCCUGAAGUCUUUGCGGAGGGAUUAGGUACUUUUAAAUCGCGUAUUCGCUUACAUUUAAAAGAUAGCAAACCGGUUUUUAUAAAAGCCCGGCCCCUGCCGUUGGCGCUGCGCGCGCGCGUUGAGAACGAGCUCGAUCGGCUGCAGCGCGAGGACGUUAUCUAUAAGGUAGAACGCUCGGACUACGGGACUCCUAUCGUACCUGUCGUUAAAUCAAACGGGGGUAUUCGUAUUUGCGGCGAUUAUAAAAUUACUAUUAACCCGAUUCUUAAAGAUUUCCACUAUCCGCUCCCGCGAAUCGAGGAAAUAUUUUCUGCUUUAGGCGGCGGGGAGCAGUACACGAAGCUCGAUUUGUCCAAUGCUUUCCAGCAGUGUCUCCUCGAUGAGGAGUCUCAGGCGAUGACUGCCAUCACUACGCACGUAGGAACGUUCGUAUAUCGUCGGGUACCUUUCGGCAUAAAAUGUAUUCCCGAGAAUUUUCAAAAAAUCAUGGAGGAGACGCUGAGUGGAUUGUCGUCUACUGCCGUGUUCGCUGAUGACAUAUGCGUCACAGGGAAAGACCGAGAAAGUCAUCUUAAAAAUUUAAGGGCGGUUCUACACCGACUCCGAGAAAACGGACUCCGUAUUAAUUUUGACAAAUGUCAAUUCUUUAAAGAUAGCGUAACGUACCUAGGGUACAAUAUAGAUAAGCACGGUCUGCACACUGACUUCAAAAAGAUCAAAGCGAUCGUUGAGGCGCCCCGGCCCGUCAGCGUCACGCAGUUGAAGAGCUUCAUGGGUCUCGUCAAUUUUUAUGCGAAGUUUAGUGCAAAUAUGAGUGACAUCUUAAAACCGUUGUAUGACCUGCUUAAGAAAGACGCUGAGUGGUCGUGGACCGACGACUGCGAGACGGCUUUCAAUAGGGUAAAACGGGUGCUGAGUAGCGCCCCGGUGCUAGCUCAUUACGAUCCGGCGUUGCCGCUGGUCCUCUCGGUGGAUAGCAGCGCGUACGGUCUAGGCGCGGUGCUGGCGCAGCGCGGCGCGGACGGUCGCGAGCGACCCGUCAGCUGCGCCUCGCGGACGCUCAACGCGGCCGAGCGCAAUUACUCCCAACUCGAUAAGGAAGCUCUCGCUAUCGUGUUCGGGGUGACGAAGCACCAUCAAUAUUUAUACGGGAGACAUUUCAUAUUACGGAGCGAUCAUAAGCCGCUCAGUUAUAUCUUCGGUCAGAAGAAGGGCAUUCCGACGACCGCAGCUAGUAGGCUUCAACGUUACUCAGUGAUACUAGCCGCCUACAAUUUCACUAUAGAAUUCGUGCGAUCGGCUGAUAACUGUCAGGCCGACGCGCUGUCACGUCUCCCCUUGAGUUCGUCGAGCGGUCGAAACGAGCGGGAGGCCGAGGCGGCUAGCUACUUAAAUUUCGUCGAAGAAGAUUUCCCGCUCAGUUUUAAGGAUAUUAAAAUUGAGACGGCGAAAGACGACAUACUGAGUAAGGUAUGCGGCUAUGUUAUGUACGGCUGGCCCACGAUGGUCGAUAAAAAAAUUCAAUCUUUCUUUUUGCGAAAAGAAAAUAUCAGUAUGGAUCAGGGUUGCCUAGUUUGGGGCUACAGGGUGAUAAUACAUACAGUUUUGCAAGGUUCGGUUCUACAGGAGGUUCACGAAGGGCAUCCCGGUAUAGUAAAGAUGAAACAGAUAGCUCGUAAUUACGUGUGGUGGAGUACGUUGGACGAGGACAUCGAGCGCAUGGCGCGGGAGUGCGCCGCGUGCCGCGCGGUCCGGCCCGCGCCGCCGCCCGCGCCGCUGCACUCGUGGCCCUGGCCGGCCGAGCCGUGGUCGCGUCUCAACGUCGAUUAUUUAGGACCGUUCAAUAACAAGUACUAUCUUAUUAUUAUCGAUGCGCAUUCCAAGUGGAUCGAGGCCGAGAGAGGCGGUAGCACGUCCGCGGCGAUGCUCAUUUCUAGUUUUAGAAAAAUAUUUGCUCGUUUCGGCCUUCCGAAAAGAGUCGUUAGCGACAACGGGCCUCCUUUUACUUCGGCGGAGUUGGCGGUUUAUUUUAAAAGAAACGGAAUCAGGCACACGCUUACCGCUCCGUACCACCCCGCCAGCAACGGCGCGGCCGAGAAUGCCGUGCGGUCGGUAAAACGAGCGUUAAAAAAGGCUAUCGUCGAUAACGUAGAUGAUGAUACCGCUCUCAGUAGGUUUUUAUUUACGUAUAGGAAUACUGUGCACAGCACGACCGGUCGCGAGCCGGCCGUGGCACUGCUGGGGCGGCGGUUGCGCGGGCGCCUGCUGCGCCCCGACACGGAGGAGCUGGUCCGGGACCGGCAGCUCGUCAGCGAGCGGCGCCGCGACGCCCGCCCGCGGGGUGUCGCGCCCGGGGAUGCCGUCCUGUUUAGAGAUUACUCCCGCCGCAACCGGAAAUGGUCCGAGGGCGUCGUGCUCGACCGAGAGAGCCCCGUGUCUUAUGCGGUUAAAGCGAACGACGGCCAGGUGCAUAAGAGGCACAUAGACCAAUUAGUGGCUAAUAAAAGUCGUCCAUCGCGUUUUUCUUUGACCAAAAUUAAAACACCCGAUGGGCCGGAAGUGAACGUCGAGGGGGAGGAUAGUGGAGAUGAAUACGAGGAGGCGUCUGCGACCGGUGUUCGGUCCCCGCCGGUGUCCAACUUGGCGAGGGAUGACCUAGAUGAGGUCCCGUCACCUCCGGGAGAAUCUAGGGGUCGCAUCCGACGGCAGGCGGCUAUGCAAUGCUUGCAAAAAAUAAAUAAAAAUAUAACAUAA